AUGUCAAAGCUAAUGGACCUGCAGCUUCAUGUUUACGCUCCAAGAGUUCGCCGGGGAGCUGGUGUCGUUGGUCGAUGCUAUGGAGAGGAUCUACGACCGGGAGACGCGUCCCUCUCGGUGGAGCGUAUUCUUUCAUUUCUGGAGUCUAAGAAGAAGACAGUCCCGCGCAGUCGGAAACCCAAGAAGGGCAAUCACAGCUACGACGACGAUUCUGUGAGUGAUGUUGCCUCCUUUCGUGACGCAAUUGCCGAGAUCUUUCCAGCUCAGUAUAUGGUCCCCGCUCUCCGCCAAGCGCAUCCUUCCUUCCCCAAGUCAGGCCCCAUGCACAAACACGAUUCAAACACCUUGGGAUCGUUGACAUGGAUCGGGAAGAUCAAGCAACGAAUGUGGCUCGUCGGCACGCGACUUGCGCAGAGCGACCCCAGCACUGUAUUCGGUGCUGGAGUGGCUGCGUUGGUGUACACUUUGUUCCCAGACAAUGUUGCGGUGCUCGCGACCUUCGGAUUCUUCUUCUCGAUUCCUUGCUUCUACUACAUUGUAGCCAAGCCUCAAUACGUCUCGGCAUCCCGUUUUGUGCUGCUGACCUACAAUCUGACGUCUGAUUCGAGUUCCAGCUACAACUUACGGGACAAGGAGCUCUCACCCACGGACAUUGCGAUCCGCCGUGCUAUUGCUGUUACUGGAGGACUGGUCGCGGCCAAUUCUUUCAGUCCCCUGCCCGGUGAUGAUGCGGAGGAGCAUGCCAACGAGGAUUCAGCUCUUUCCCCUGCUCAUGCACGACUGAGCAACUCGAUCAAGGAGUUCAUGGCCAUGGAACUUCAUCUGCAGAUCAAGCUCAUCGAACUACAAGGGCUGCUUGCUCAGACACAGCAUGAGCCGCGAUUGAAGGGGCCAUUCCCUAUCCAGCUCUACCGUGGCAUCCUUACCAGCCUGCAAAACAUCCUGGACAAGCUGCACAGUAUGAGAUGUGUGACCACACGCGAGGAAUGGUACACUUCUGUGCGGCAGGAAUUCAUUGUGCCUGUUGCCAAAGAGCGGCGAGAAAUGGUGGGCAACAUCAUCCUCGGCUUCUCGACCCUUUCCUCUGCCUUCCGAUUGAAAUCGCCUCUCCCUCCAUACCUUCCUCCGGCGGAGGCUGCCAGACAGCGGCUGGUGGCAGCGAUUCGCAAGCUGGACGUCGUCCGAAAUCGAGAUGCGAAAGGAUCGCGGCAGCUGCUGUUCUUCGCUUAUGCGCUGACCAUGCAGGGUGUUACUGUGGAGCUGGAGAAGCUCGGUCGGACGCUUCAGAACGCGUUCGGUGUCAUUGGACAGACGCCGGAGGAGUUCGAGGCCUUAUCUACUCCGUCGAGCAAGAAGCUCGGACAGUUCAGUCUUAAUGCGCAAGCGGACCUUGGACAAACUAAUCGACCUGACGCACUCGGAGCACGAGACGCUGCAGAUUCUCGCCGCGGGGGGAAUCCACUACUUUUCAGCAGUAGCGACUUGGCGAAUGACGAGGAGGAGGCGGUCAUCAAUGCCGUGUACGAUUUGUGCGAGGACGCGUCUUCUGAUGUGCGCAUGGAGGGAUACCGCGCUAUCACGGAGAUUUCGCGGGCGGCGGACAAGUGGAUCAAGCGGAAUACGGACGUGUUGCUGCAGCUGUUGCAGAAUGAUGAUGCGGCGGAAGCGGCUGUAGUGAAGGAGGCCUUGCUCGGACAUCUAGACUUGAAUCCAUCCGUGACGCUGUCAGUAAUGCGCGAUCAGAUGCUCUAUGAAGACGAGGACGCUAUGGACCGUGAGGAAAAAGAGACGAGGGGUCGGCUGCGCAUUUUGGUUUUGGACUUUCUAGGGAAGGAAGCCCGGACAAACUUGGCAGAGCGGGAUGCUGUUGAGGGCAGCGAGGCGGAGGGUGUUCUUGCCGAGGGUUUGUUUCAGGUCAUCCCGAAGCUUCGACCUGAAGAGACACGAAAUGUUGUCGAGCAGCUACUGAUACAUUUGCCCACCUUCCGGUCCGGGUCCAGGGGCAACAGUUUACUGCAGCUUCUCAUCGAACAAGCACGUGGGCACUUGAAGCAGAGGGCAAUAACGCCCAACACUCGAGCUUACCUCGAUCUUCUCACCUUUGUCGCAGUGAAGCACUCUCUUGGGUCUCCGAGCGAUCUUCUUCGGUUCUAUGUGCCGUCUCUGAUCUCAAAGAUGUCGCUCCAGAACUUUACUCCAGCCGAUCAGGUCUACCUCAUUUGCAAUACCGCGGAGAUUCUGGCGGUGUGCGAUCGCGAUCCGUUGCAGACACAUUGCGCGAACGCGUCUACGUUCUUGUUCGAGCGACUGGCCAAAAGUGGUGUGGCCGACGAACGGUCUGACAAUGCAUGCAGAGUUCUUUUGGAGAACUGCGUGAAGCGAAAAGCCGAAGGAUGGUCGGUGCCUCCACCGUUGCGAGUGUCUGUGCAAGCUCUGCAGGCCAAGACAGGCCGAUACGAAAAUCUGACCAGGUCACUCAUUGGCGACGAGAAGAUACAGGCGCGACCGCCAGCUUUGCCCGUCCCGCCGGUUGCUCUCCCUGCCCGCUCGGUGCCGGGGUCGACUACAGUCAAGCAUGCGAUAGUUGGACGAUCGACUUCGCCACGACCGUCGAAACGAGCCAAGAUAGUACCCGAAUCAGAUGAAACGACACCAACCCUCUUGAGUCGGAUGGCCAACGCAGGUUUAAGGAACGAGAGCCGGCAGACGGCGAGACGGGUGGACAAACAGCAGGAAGAGACCGGCUUCUCCAUCAAAGGUGCAGCCACGAAAGAGGCAACGGUCCAGAGCGGACGUGCCGUGGGGUUUACUCGACCGCAAGGACCAGGUGGGUCCUUGCUCAAUCGAAUGGGGACCGAUGGUAAGCGUAGUGAGAGGCCUGGAAGACGUCCUAUGUUAGUGGUGGCAAAUAUUGCUGCCCGCCAGGAUCGAUCAAUCAUUCGCCUACUACGCGUUGUCACACACAUCGGUCACGCGUCUCGGGAGCGCGCUCCUUGUUCUUGGCUCCGAUGGCGACCUUUUUCCGGGCGUACAAGUGCGUUGUAUAGGCGAUCGACGACGGCGGUUUUCCGACAUCUCACAACUAGCUCGCUACUGCUCCAUCGACCACUGGUCACACAGUGUGUGACGGCAGCUGUGCUCUUCGGUGCAGGGGACGUUAUCGCGCAGCAGGCGGUGGAGAAGAAGGGGAAACAGCAUGAUCUCAUGAGGACAGCGCGGCUGACGUUUUACGGCGGCGUGGUGUUCGGACCCGCGAUGACCAAAUGGUAUCAGCUGCUGAACCGCUUGCGGUUCACGACGCCGACCAAGUCGCUCGUUUACCGUGUGUACCUCGAUCAAUGCAUUCUCACGCCAGUCGCGGUCGUCACUUUCUUCUCGUCCAUGGCGAUCCUGGAGGGCCAGCCGGGCGAGAUUGUUCCUCGAUUGAAGGCGGGAUAUGUCUUGACACUGUUCCGUAACUGGCUUGUAUUCGUGCCAACGCAAAUCAUCAACUUCUGGCUCGUUCCCGCGCAUCUGAGGUUCUUGUUUGUGGGCGUAGUGAGCUUGUUCUGGAACACCUAUUUGAGUAUAGCGAACGCUCAAGCCAAGGAACAAGCGGAGGCUGCGGAGGAAAUGAACGAGAAGAAGAAGGCGCUUGCAUGAAUGGCACCUUUUGCCGAUAGACUUGACGGAUGAUAGAUCGGAAGCAUCGAGCUGAAAGGUCCACCAGGGUCCUUUUGACAUGUCAACAUUCAAACAAACGAAUGCAGUCUACGUGAGCGGAGCGCAUGCAAGUGUUGAUGCUUUCAG